CUUCAAUUACAGAAGGGGGGAUCUCGAAAAUCUCAGCGCUUACAGAAAAGAGUGAUAUGAAUGUAAUUUCCCGGAACCUUCGCUUUGUGGCCUGUUUCUCGUAGGGACUCUUCUGGGCGAACACCGCAACAAACCUACCAAGAUGGCGGCGCCGAGUGUCCUUGUGCUGAGUAGGGCGCUGCAAGCGAUUCGGGGCUCCCGUUUCUCUUCCACUUACCGCAGCGCUUACAGCUUGGACCGUCUGUACCCAGGCAGCGAUCUCCGGACUGUAGCGGGAGACCAGGGAGAGCCUGACAUUCCAGUAGAUCGCCUGACGAUCUCCUAUUGCAAAAGUAGUGGCCCUGGAGGACAGAAUGUCAACAAAGUUAACACCAAAGCUGAAGUCAGGUUCCACUUGGCCUCUGCGGACUGGAUUCCAGAUGAUGCCAGGCAGAAGAUCUCUGUACAGUGUAAGAACCGGAUCAACAGAAGUGGGGAGUUGAUUGUGGUUUCUGAGCAAAGCCGUUACCAGAUGGAAAACUUGUCUGUGUGUCUGGAAAAAAUACGAAGUAUUGUGUCAGAUGCCAUGAAAAGGCCAAAAAUGCAGACCAAAGAGGAUGUAGAUGUCCGCAGGGCAAGAGUAGAAAAAAGUAACCGGGAGCGACUGCGACAGAAGAAGAUUGAGUCUUCCUUAAAACAGAGCCGGCAAUUGAGCGUGGACUGAGAGAGAGUGUUAGAGAUGUUAGGACUGCAGGCUGAACAUGCCUGAUCGAAGUAGUAUUUCCUUCUUAUGGACCCAACUCUUCUAUUGACCAUGAUUUUGGCUAGCAAAGGAUAUUAUACACAGCAUAAUUUGGAACAUAUUAAAGAGAUACUAUCAACAUAUUAAAAAAGAAUGUAUUUGUACCUGAAAAGAAUGUAUAAUAUUGUUUAAUAUAGUAUGGGGAAAUGCAUUUCCUUUCCUACUGAAGAUGUUGUUGGCAGUGGGUCAUAUUGAUACCUGAGUAGCUGAGGCUAAAUGUGAUAUGUUGGAAAGUGGUGAGUUAGGGGUGCUUGCUGAUAUCUACACCCCAAAAAUUCCUGAAAGCACAGCAAAAUAAACUCAUUGUGAACUUAA